AUGGCCUCAGAUGUAUAUGAUGCCUGUGGUAGUGAAAGUGUGACCGCAUCAAAUAAUAUGGUUGAUGAAGACAUGCUCCUAACCCUUGCUCACCAGAAUUACAAAUCGGGGAACUAUAAGCAGGCAUUGGAACAAAGUAAGGCUGUUUAUGAGAGAAACUCACAGCGCACAGAUAAUCUCCUCCUUUUGGGUGCAGUUUAUUAUCAGUUGCAUGAUUUUGAUAUGUGCAUUGCAAAGAAUGAAGAAGCUCUUCGAAUUGAUCCACAUUUUGCUGAGUGCUAUGGGAAUAUGGCUAAUGCUUGGAAGGAAAAAGGCAACAUCGAAGUUGCGAUCCGCUAUUAUUUGAUUGCUAUUGAGGUUAGUACUCUGCUAAUGUGA